AUGGAGCCAGGAUUACACCUUGAAACACUUAGGAGCCUAGUACCUGGUACUGACAAGGCUUUUCUUGUUGGGGUUGAUUACCUUGAAUUCCGACAGAUAUUCCAAAAGAUUUUCAAGGAUGGGAAAGAGGGGCUACAAGUUUCAAUCUGCAAGCAGGGCGAAGGCACACAAAUUGGUUACUGCAAAUUUAAGGCAACAUGA